AUGGUAGGGGUACCAAAAAGCAAAGGCUGCUCCACUUGUACCAAACGCAAGAUAAAGUGUGACCUCGGGAGACCUUCAUGCUUACGAUGUACCGAUGCAAAGUUCUCCUGUCCGGGCUACGUGAAAGUCCAUAAAUUCCAGGACGAAGGUGUAAGAUUGAGAAAGACAAAUAUCUUGACUGAGAACUUGGAGAACAAAUGGCGUAGACCAACAACAUUAUCUUCCCUAUACUACCGAACUACUGCGAACGCACAAAUUCGAGGGAUGAUUUCAAACCCCGCGGAAAAGCUUGGAAGGCAGUUACGUUCCACUUUCCAACUCAGCCUCCCCAACGGGAAAUCUCUCUGCGUUUUUGGAUUUGUCAAAGACGUUCCAAGUCGUUUAGGAUAUUCCAAGGCGGUAGAUCUUUCAGUUGAAGCAAUCUAUUUUGCGCACCGUACGCUGCUUCGCGAGGACGUGAAAUGUCUGGAGAAAGGCCGUAUAUCGUAUGGGCGAGCCCUGGUAGAAUUGAGACGAAAUCUUGCCCGCAGAACAGAGCUUCUAACAUCAUCAAACGACGAGAUACCAUUCCAUCAUAUUGGUGGGGCGUCAGCAAUCCUAGAAAGGCACGGAGUCCGCUGCUUAGAAGAUGUGUUCACCUGUAAGAUGCUUAAAUCUCUUAAGGGUAUAAUUGUCAUUGAAGCAAUAACUCUGCAGAAAAAGUGUUUCUUAGACUCACCGCGAUGGAAGAAAACUGCGGAGAUUGCCAGCGAUCAACCAUUUGAUUCAUUAUUUGCUAUUCUAUAUAAAUUGCCCAAUAUUCUGUUUUCCUUGCGGGAUCGGACACAUGCAUCUGAACUAUCAAGCACGAUGAUUGAUUCGACUUUAAACAAUGCCACCAACCUUCGAGAGGAGAUGACCAUAUGGCGUAGAACUCCAGCGUACCAGGAAUCUUUCGAAACUACAACAGACCCAUUGUCUACAGCAAUCAUAUACACUUCCAACCGAGCAGCAGCUCUACUCUGUACUUAUGCUGCAAUGUCUAUUCUCAUCAACGGCGUCGUGUGUAAGUUUUCUGGUUCAGCAGGUGACAGUUACAAAGCAGAGAGUAGGGCUUUUGCCGAGCAGAUCUUCAAUUCUCAGUAUUAUAGUUUGGGGUAUGCUCCGCUUGGAAACUCUUACAUGAACUUUGCGAUCAAGGUGGCAAAAGAGUUUCAAGGUUCUAAUUGA